CGCCAUAAGCGUGGCUACACCAGUAUUCUAUUACUCUGCUAUUACUCUGCUAUUACUCUGCCGGUACACGGUACACGGUACGCGUAUACGAUAUACCGCAGUCCGAGGAUACAGCAGUACAAGCAGCUGAUCAUACUUCGUGCUUUUUAUACCUUGAUUUUCACCAUGACGACCGUUAAUCGACUGGAGAAACUUACGCUUAAUAAUCAGAUCGUUCGCAUGCGGAAAGAUGUGAAAAGGGCUCGUUUGUGGCUUAUAAACAACUUGACUCAUCGUGUGAGAAAACUUAAGGGAAAAAAAACUAAUGAACUUGAAAAAAUUCAAUUGAAGGCUGAAAAGCUGCAAAAUAAGAUUUGUCUUCUUAAGCAAAUUUGUGUUGAUGAAGUGUCUAAAUUUGCGCUUUGUAACAAACAAGAUUCUCCAAGUUUAUCACCAACUGAAAGUGAAUUAGAUUUGUCCCAGAAACUAAUGCUGCAGCUUGCUAACCAUAGGCUGGUUCAACAACAGGUUCAAGUGUUCCGCCAAACUUAUACUGGCCCAAUGGACAGAUUAAUUCUUUUGGUUAGGUCUCUUGGUUUGCAUUACCAGAAAAAAAAGAAAAAAAAAUUAAUGGAUUGUGCCAGCAGUAGAAACAUUCAAGAAGAGGUAAAAAUAGCAAGUGUUACACAAAAAACAUCAUGUGGGAAGAAAAAAAAAAUUUCUUUGCAAGAACUUGAGGGUAACUCCACAUCUGGAUGCAUGUUAAAUUUUGUGUGUACAGUGGACUCUGAUUCCCCACCAAAUUUGGGGAACCUAGAGGAAACGAAGAGUAAUAAGGAUGUCUUGUCACUGCCAAUGAAAGUUCCAGACAAUUUGAUGAAUCCAUUGAAUCCUUCAUCUGAUUUCCAGCCUUUAAAAGGCAAUUUUACCAAAGCUAUUAAUAAUACUAAACCUGAAGAUUUAUUGAGAAAUGAUAAAAAUUUUCUAGCUGCAAAUUCAAAUGUAGUAAAGCAACCCAAAAGCAAAGGGAUCUUGGCCCAGAAAGUCCCAUGGCCAAAAUUCUCAGUACCUUCAGUAAACAAACAAAUUGGAACCAUGAUAAUUAAACAGUUUCACCUUGAAAAUGUAGCUGAAUCAAUUUCAUUUGGUGAAACAAGCAUAGAUCAUGAAACCAGCAAAAAAACUAAUCAGACUCUCAGAGAUUCCUUUUUUCUUGGAGGUGUUGAUCUGUCUUCAGAUGAGGAGGAUAUUAAGGACAAUUCCAUCCCUGUAAAUGCCCAAAGGGUAAACAAGAUAACUAACUCAGAAGUUAAAGAAUCUGGUGAUAAAAAAUGCUCUAAGCCCUCUAGAUCCAGACAACAAAUAUCCAACAGAUAUACUCAAACUAAACCAACAAUUGCACCAUCAGUUCCACCUGCUGAGGUUCUUCAUCCGUCUUGGCAAGCCAAAAGAAAGGAAAAGGAGCUACAAAUUAAAAUUGGUGUAUGUCAUGGAAAAAAGAUAAGGUUUGAUGACUAUUAAAAGCACCCAAAUUCUAUCAUGCAA